AUGAGCCAUCAGAGAUACCCCUCCCACGAUCCCAUCAAGGAACCCCAUUCUAUCUCUCUCAAGGUUCUCCGAUUGUCCCGACCGUCUCUUGUCACGCAACACCCCAUCGAUCCUCCUUUAUCAGCCGGCGCAUCUAUUAAACCAGCUCCGAUCCCGGCAUCGCUCACUUACCACUCGCAAACGGCCUCGAAUCCAUCUCCUUUCCUCCUCAGCCCGAUUGUCAAUCUUCCCGUGUCGUUCGGAUCCGCCUAUGUUGGCGAGACAUUCAGUUGCACUCUAUGCGCGAACAACGACUUACCACUCGACGCUGGAAAGAACAUCCGCGAUGUUCGCAUAGAAGCGGAGAUGAAGACUCCCGGAAUGGGUGCCGUGCAGCGCCUCGAGCUCGGCCCGCCUAACGGCCAGCCUGAGGCCGAUCUCGAACCGGGUAGUACGUUGCAGAAGAUGGUAUCGUUUGAUCUUAAGGAAGAGGGCAACCACGUGCUUGCGGUGACAGUAAGCUACUACGAAGCGACGGAGACGAGCGGACGCACAAGAACGUUCCGCAAGCUGUACCAAUUCAUCUGCAAGGCAUCUCUCAUCGUACGCACAAAGGUCGGUUCGCUAGGAUCUGACGAUACCCAGGGGAACGGAAGAUGGGUUCUGGAAGCGCAGUUGGAGAACUGUAGCGAGGACGUAGUGCAGCUGGAGAAGGUGGUGCUGGACACCGAGUCUGGGCUGCGGUAUCGUGACUGCAAUUGGGAAACGAGCGGGAGCGCAAAGCCGGUGCUUCACCCAGGCGAGGUGGAACAGGUCUGCUUUGUCGUCAUGGAGGACGGCGCCAACGGGGUCGAGGUGACACCGGACGGAAGGAUCAUCUUUGGGUCACUUGGCAUUGGGUGGAGGGGAGAGAUGGGAAACCGAGGAUACCUGGCUACCGGGAAGCUAGGCACGAGACGAGCGGCACGAUGA